AUGACUUCAUCCAACUACGCUGCUGGACUGCCGGAGUUCAGUCUAAAGAAUAAGGUCGUCCUUGUGUCUGGCGCAGCUCGAGGACUUGGUUUGACACAAGCAGAAGCAUUGCUGGAGGCAGGCGCAAUUGUGUACGCUUUGGAUAGACUGCCUGAGCCUCAUCCGGACUUCCACGUUGUCGCAGAGAAAGCAAAGAAUGAACUGAACUCGAAGUUUGAAUAUCGACAGGUUGAUGUAAGAGAUGUUGACGCGCUUCACAAGACCGUCGAGGAGAUCGCAGAUAUUGAGGGAAGGAUGGACGGUCUGAUCGCGGCUGCCGGUAUCCAGCAGGAAACACCAGCACUCGAGUACAAGGCCGAGGACGCCAAUCGCAUGUUUGAAGUCAACAUUACCGGUGUCUUCAUGACGGCUCAGGCGGUCGCAAAGCAGAUGAUCAGGUUCGGUAAUGGUGGUAGUAUGGUAUUCAUUGCCAGCAUGUCUGGUACCGUCGCCAACAGGGGUCUGAUUUGCGCCGCGUACAACUCGUCAAAGGCAGGUGUGAUCCAGCUCGCUCGAAAUCUGGCGGCCGAAUGGGGACAGCACAACAUCCGCGUCAACACCAUCUCACCAGGAUACAUCGUGACGCAGAUGGUGGAGGAGCUGUUUGUCAAGUACCCCGAGCGCAAGGAGACAUGGCCGACGCAGAACAUGCUGGGGCGGUUGUCAGCUCCCAAGGAAUACCGUGGUGCAGCAGUGUUCUUGGUCAGCGACGCCAGCUCGUUCAUGACUGGAUCCGACUUGAGGAUAGACGGCGGCCACUGUGCAUGGUAG